AUGGGCAUUCGUAAGACGUUGAGGAAAUGGAUAAACAAGCCAGAAACGUCACAACAAAAUGACUGUUCGUUCGCCCCGACCGCAAAGCCAGCCCCGUCGUUCCCAGCCUCUAUCGAAUCAACCCUUGAAAAAUUAGCUUCAGCCAGCUCAGUCGAUACCAAGCCGCCUUCGUCGUCCGUGAGUCACUCCGAUGUUGGAUCUACGGAUAUUCCACCCAAGGACCUGGACCUCUGGACUCUGGCCUACGAGAAAUUGGAACAACGCGACCAGGAGUUGAUGCAUAUGUACAAACAAUGUUUAGGCUUAUCGCUGCAGGACACGAGCAUCGCAGAUCUCUCUAGUUCCAAGUCUGUAAGCUUAGUCGUGGAUAAGCUAUUGGACAAUCGCGAGAAGAAACGGUGGCACUUGUCAGUCCUGGGAAAAGAUAUCGAAGUUCGAAAACAAGUCGAGAAGCUACAGAAGUUUAUCAUGUGGUCCGAUCCACUGGUUAAGGGUGCUCUCAGUGCCCAGCCAUAUGCUGCACUGGCAUGGAUUGGCGUCUCAUUAUUUGUGCCGCUUUUGGCCAGUGGCAUGACUGCUAACGCAGAUAUGCUUGAAGGCUUCAACAAGAUUGAUGAAUUGCAAAUUUACUGGUACCACUGCGCUCGAGUGUAUCUACCAAGGUAUCCCUCCCUGGCGGAGCACAUAGCCAAUCUCUAUUCCCAUAUCAUUGAAUACCAAGCUCUAGCUAUCUGUCAUUUGUCCAAAAAGCAGCCCUCGCGUGCCUGGAGCGACGUGGCCGGCGAAAAUGACUGGAAAGGAAAGGUGGCUAAAAUUGAAGGGCUUAGUACCCAUUGCAAUAAGCUGAUUGAGCCGUUCGAAGCUGAAAGGGUGCAAGAACUUCAAGACCAAGAGCUUGAAUUGAUGAAGCAAUCUCGAGACAUUAUGGGGAAAACACAAGACCUUUUUAAGGAGACUCAAAACCAGCAACUCGCUCUUUUCGAGGAGAAGAAGCAAAAAGAGCUUAUGGAAAAGUUGGCUUCUAGUUACGAGGAAGAUAAAAACUUCCCCAAGGAGAAAACUCCAGGGACUUGCAACUGGCUUAUUCAAAAUGAGACUUUCUGCAAAUGGCGAGACUCGCUAGAAUUGAAUGUGCUUCGGGUCUCAGCGAGUCCUGGAUGUGGAAAAUCAGUCCUGUCGCGGGCGCUCAUUGAUCUACUUCAGCCAUCUACGAACCUCACGACGACAACUAUAUGCUACUUCUUCUUCAAAGAUGGAAUUCCGAGCCGUGUCCAUGCCGCCGAUGCUUUGCGUGCUAUCCUGCAUCAAACCUUUAUGCAGAAUCGCACAUCAAAUGCCAUCGAAACUGCGGUUUCAGAUUACGACGACUUCAAGGACUCUUACCUCUCGAGCUUUCCUAAAUUGUGGAGCACGCUUAUCAACCAUGUCGAGUCGCCGCACUCUGAAAAUUUAGUUUGCGUCGUUGAUGCUCUAGACGAGUGCAAAAUGGAUGAGAGAAAGUUGUUCAUUGACCACUUGAAGGCAUUUUAUCGUGACGCAAAGUUCCCACAUAAACUCAAAUUUUUGGUCACCACUCGUCCCUACGUCAAUAUCGAGUCUUUGUUUUGGGAUGUAUUGGAAAGCACCUCCUUUGCGCACGUUGAGGGCGAUCGCUUGUCCACUGAGAUCAGGGAGGACAUCAAUAUGGUCAUCGAUGCGAGGGUGAAAGAGAUGAAGCCGAUUUUCAGAGACAAUGGACCGAAGAUCGCCAGUCAAUUGAGAGCCAUGGAAAAUGGUACCUACCUUUGGCUGCAUCUUGUCCUCCAUAUCAUUGAGAAAUCACCAGAGUCAUACACGAGGCUAGAUGAGGUCCAAGAACUGUUUUCAAGUCUGCCACGCGACGUUUCGGACGCAUAUGACCUUAUUUUGAAAAAGGUCGAGAAUCCUCAACCGGCAGAGGCUCUUCUCCAACUCAUGUCAGUUGCAGAAAGACCGUUGACUUUGGUGGAAGCAAACUCCGCACUGGCAUUGACGCUCGUUCUGCAAAAGCAACCAUCAAUCUCUUUUGAGGGCUUGAAAAGCAAGUUGUGGGGAGGUGAUGUUUUUGAGGCAACUAUGAAAAGCAUAUGUGGCCUCUUCGUCACAGUAUACCACGGAAGGCUGUUCUUCAUUCAUCAAACAGCACGGGAGUUUUUAACCUCCGCAACACCGAGUGGGGAGUGGAAAGGUCGAUUGAAUGUGACCAAUGCUCACAGAACAAUGUCCAUUGUGUGUCUCUCAUAUCUGCGCUAUGUGUACCUAUCAAAACUUGACAUCUAUUGUCUUUCGGACUUCAAGACGUUGAUAGACGAGUUUCCACUGGCGCUUUACAGUGCAUGGUUCUGGACGGAUCAUGCAAGACUUGUUGACCAUGAGAGCAUCAUUCAAAACCGAAGUUUGGAGAUGCUUCAGCAAACCGAGUUCAAGAAGAUGUGGCCAACUCUCAUAGCUGCUAUUCAUACGUGGCAUCAAAGCCCAGCGACCAAAGCAAGCUUUGAUGAUGCCUCUGGAGUUCGUCAAAACAAGCUCAAUAACACCAUGCGGAUGCAAUUCGCCGCGGACAAGGUGAAGCAUCGGGCUCCAGGGAAGGAAGCACCUUUGUACAUCGCCUCGGCAGCAGGGAUGCAAAACGUUGUGCAUCUAUUAUUGAAAGCGGAUGAGAAACCCGUACCAGGCAAAUAUUUGGGUGCUCUCGAGGUCGCCGCGCUGAAUGGUCAAAAAGCGGUUGUGGAGAGCCUACUAAUCUCGGAACUUAUGAUGGCUACCCCAAGAGAAUAUCUGGCUCUCGCUCUUAAAAAUGCCUCUCGUGAGGGUCACGACGAGAUCGUGGAGCUACUUUUGCAUCAUAGAGCUCCUACCAACGCUGAGAGAUUCGGCUAUGGCACAACACUUUAG